GGAAGCGCGAGCUGUUUUUGUCCCGGUAUAUGAGCUUUAAGAGCAAGUGUUUAACUCUUAAGUUUGAUGGAUGUGAGAUGAUGUAAAUAAACGGAUCACACGGUCGACUGAAUGAACAGCAUGCUCGGUCCUGUGCUGGUGGCGUUUUUCGCCGUGUCGCUGGGAGCGUUGUUCAUUCCUCGCGAGUGGUUCGUGAAACUGGACAAUGAACGAACUCAGGAGCCGAAGAGGAUCCUGAGCAGACAUGAACUGUCCCUGUACGACGGAGAGGAAGGCAGCAGAGGACUUUACCUGGCCAUACUGGGACAGGUGUUUGAUGUACACAAGGGAAACAAGCACUACGGACCAGGCGGUGCUUAUCACUUCAUGGCAGGCAAAGAUGCUUCUCUGGCCUUCGUCACUGGAGACUUCACAGAGAGUGGCCAGACUGAUGAUGUGUCCAGUCUCUCUCCUCUGCAGCUGGUGGCCUUGUAUGACUGGCUGGCCUUCUAUCAGAGGGAUUACCAGAGUGUGGGUGUGUUAAAUGGCCGAUUCUAUAGCGACACUGGACAGCCAACAGAGGCCUUGUCGCAGGUAGAAGCGUCAUUGGCUGAAGGCCACCAAAUAAAGGCCCAGUCUGAGGCUGAGAAGGUUCGCUUUCCGACCUGCAAUUCAGAGUGGAGCUCUUCCAGAGGAAGAGUCUGGUGCUCAACUAAGAGUGGUGGAGUGGUGAGAGACUGGACGGGUGUCCCGCGGAAGCUCUACUCUACAGGAUCCACUAGUGCCCGUUGUGUCUGUGUUGAGGAUCUGACAGCAGCAGAGAAAAACCCCCACCUGCAGGAAUAUGAAGGCUGCCCUCCGCAUGCUGAUUCAUGUCCUGUUGGAGAGUAUUAGUCUUUGAGCCAGCCUGGAAAAAAAGGACAUAUUCAUGGCCUGCUAUUCUGUAGCACAAACCUCAAGAAAACACAGGGACUUCUCCUACGGAAAAUCCCAUAAUAAGAGUUGGAAGGAAGAAAUUCAAAUUCAAAUUCAAUUGACUUGUUUUUGAUGACCUUUAUGUAAAGUUGUCGUCUCUUUCUCUAAAAGGAUACACCAGAAAGAGACAGGCUAGAUAUCUGAGCAUACAGAUACAAUACAAUGUGCAUAAAAGAUUAAACAAUGUGCAUAAAAGAUUAACAGAGGCAAGAUUUAGGUUUGUCACAAUGACAAGCACAAACUGCAUUGAAGUACAAAACAGUUGUAGUGGUCAAAAAUAUCACACAUUUAUCUGUACAAUUUAACAAUACUUAAAGAGGCCCCACCGCCCGACGCUCCCUCUUCUCCACAUUCUACCCAAUGAUCGGAAAUGUCAUGUGAUGUUGAUAAAGUGCACCUGUUAGGCUAAGAAAUCAAAAGCGUUAAUCAUGAUGGGUCAAGAAAACAACUUGACUUGAGGCAACAUCGUGGGGUCUACACUCUUCCAACGACGACCUGGUAGGUCAAAAAUGGAAUGUAAUAUUUAGUGAGUGAUUUUCAAACGAAUGAUUUUCGAUUAUGACCAUGAUACUUUAAGACUACAAAUCGACAUUCACAGGCAUAAUAGGCUAUUAUUUAUCCGAGGAGGAGGAUUAUGGGAAGGUUGUUUUCAUGAAAAAAAAACUUGACAGUCAGAAUCUCCCAAUUUGCUGUGAUUAAAACUGAACAUUUCCACAUAUUUUGGCUAACUGGCUGUCACCAAGCGGGGGGAGCUCCUUUUAUCCACUCAAAGACACUUUGAUCGAAACAGAAACAAAAAAGACGAAUGUUUCACUUUCUAUUUGAAAUGUCCCUCUAGAAUGUUAUUAGUUUCUCAUACUGUAAUAGUAUAAAGGCAAUGGUCCAUUACUGUCCAGGAA